AAUGAGCAUCACACUACGGCGUUCAUUGUUCCCAGAUACAGUAAGUCUAAGCUUUCAGCAUGAAACAGUUCGGAUCCCACAAGUUACUCAUCGUUGCCGUGAUCGGUGUCGUCAUGCCCAUUUCAUUGGCGAUUGAUUGCAAAGAAGUAUUUCAAAGGAAAGAAGAACUCGAGAAUUGCUGCACAGCGUCCUCGUUCAUCACUAUAGAAAAUCUGAAAAGUACCAUGGAUGCGCAGGAAGGAAACCACCACGAGAAAUUUUUCUGUGCAACGCAAAGUUUGCUGCAAGAGCAAAACCUACUGAACGGAGAUGAUAUCAACGUUGAUGCCAUGAAACAGAAAACCGAAGGUUUCGAUGAUGACUGGAAGCAAAAGUCUUUGCAGAUGAUCGAUGCCUGUGUCGAACGGAUCCAGACUAUGACUGCCGAAAUGGAGCAACGUGGUGGUCCCAAGGGACAAUGCAAACCGAAUGCCGGUAUGUUCAUCAUUUGCGUAGGAAAGGAAACCAUCAAGAACUGUCCAGCUGAUAAGUGGAACUCAUCGGAUGUUUGUGAGAAAGUGAAGAGCGGAGACUGUGACAAACGAGGACCUCGGAAUUAAACACGCAGCAGGAAAUAAACUGAAAUAAAAUUUCCGACCAGACAAACCAAUGAAAAACUGUUACGUCAAAUAAAUUUGUGUUGUUAUCAUUUUGUUA